CAUUGGAAACUGCGCCAAUUUGUUUUUAUUUCUUUAACUCUUGGAACUGUGUUUUUCUGUACAAAUUAUAUUCUGUACGUUUGUAUGUACUAAAUAUUGGCAAAAUCAAUUAACCUAGCUACUUGCUAAUCAUAUAAUGCCUACUACACGAAAGAAAGUAAAUAAAACGAUUUAUAAGGAUGAAAACAGUGAAGAAGAAUGCGAACACUUUAGUGAUUCUGGUUCCGAAGCAAAAAUAUCAGAUGUAGAAUCUAGUACGGAUGAGGAGGCAGAAUAUCAUGUAUCUUCAGGAGAUGAAUUUAUAAACACAAAACGUAAACAUAUUAAAACAAAACAUGGAAAAAAGAAGAAACCUACCCCAUCUCUUUACAGUAAAUUAAAAUCUCAAAUAUCUGCUAACGAGAAUGAAAAGAUAGAUGUUUCACAUUCUAUUUUCUCAAUUAAAGAUCUAACAGAUGCCGACAAACUUUUACCGUCGGUACUGAAUUUAUCAGAAAGUGAUAGUAGUGAAGAUGAAUCGCCUAAAGCAAAGAAACAUGUACCGACGUCAGUCACUGAGAAGGAUCAUCAUGUGGAUUCAGAUAAUGAAACUAAUAUUGAAUAUAAAGAUGUAUGGGCAAAAAAUCUUCAAGAUGACAGUGAGGAGAUUGCAAAAAGAAAAUUCCUUGAGUUGGAACAGCAUAAAACAAAAUUUGAGGAAACUAAAUCAUCUAUUAAAAAGUAUUCUGCUAAACUUGAAGAAGAAAAAAGUGGUAUAAAUGUAAAAGACUUAUUAGCACUAGGUGAAGAAGUUGUUUCUCCAACUAGAUUAAUAAAACAGAAAGCUAAAUCAAAAAAAGCUAGACAAGAUAGUGAUUCUGAUAUAGAUGAAUGGGAAGAAGUUAAAGAGAAUAAAGCAAUACCCCAACAAGGUUUAGAACUUAUUGUUGAUUUUCCUGGAGCAGUUUGUAGAAAAACUAAAACAAUUGAUAUAGAAAUGAUGAUGAAACGUAAAAUGAAUAGAGUGAAGAAAGAAUAUCAAAUUUACAUGCACAAGGUGCAUGUUUUGUGUUGGUUAGGUCAUGGAAAUUAUGUCAGUCGUGUCAUUAAUGACCAGGAAAUUAUGGCAGCUGCAUUGAAAAUGGUCCCAGCAAAAGAAUGUUACCCAGGAGAACGAGUAGACAUGAAAUACAUAGAACAAAUAACAAUUUGGUACAAAGAUAAGCUAAUAUUAAAACAAGACAAAAAUGAAGACAAAUUUAGACCUAAAGCCCCACCUCUUAAAGAGAUACUACUGGGACAAAUCAAAAGUAGAAUAGCUACAACAAAAAAAUACAUAGUAUUUAUAUUUGUAUCAAUGUUAAGAGCUCUUGGUUUACAAUGCCGUGUGAUGUUUAAUUUUGUUACAUUACCUAUUAGACCACCAAGUUCAGAGCUAUGUUCACUUUCUAUAAAAAAAAAAAAUAAAAGCACUAUUGAAAAACCAGAUCAACUCAAUAAAUCUAGUAAUACUAAAGAUAAAGUAAAAACAUCUAGUAAAGUAAAAGCUAAUUCCAAAAUUUUACAAGUUGAUGGCAUUGAUGACAUAAACAUAUCUUCUGAUGACAUUGAUUCAGAAAACAUAUUUCAAUUAGAUGGAAGUAAUGAUACACUAAGUGUACAAACUAGAAAGACUAGAUCUACAAAAGCUAAAAAUAUGGUUAAUGAACAUGACAUUAGCAAAGAAGAUGUAUCACCACCAAAGAGAUCAAAAAAAAGCCCAAACCUUAAUUCAACAAAGGUGUCUAAAACAAAGGAAAAUGUACAACAACAUGCUAUCUCUGUACAGGAAAAAGAUAAAAUUGAACCUAAUAAAAGUAACAUAUCCAAAGUAACUCCAAAGAAAUCUAAGGAUUACCUUCCCCAGAAUAAUGAUAAUCAAGUAACAAAUAAAAAAAGUAGUAAUUAUUUGUCUCGUAAAAGUGGAAAAACCGAUACUAAAAAUAGUUUAGAUAAAAAAAAUUCCUUACCAGAAAAAAAUAUAACUGAAACCAAACCACCAGAAAUUGUUAUUACACAUGAAACUGAAAAUGUAUCUAGUGAAUAUUUUGAUAAUAAAGACCUCAAUAAUAGUGAUAAUUUGCGACUUUCUAGAAAAAGAUCCAGAACUACUAAUCCUACUCUUUCUCAAAAAAGUGUUAAACCAGAAGACCCAAAGAAUGUUAUUAAAAUCAAAUCAAGAACAAAAAGUGCUCCAAUUAAAACAGAAACAAGCAAAUAUUUUAGUGACAGCGAUGAUAAGAAUCAAAUUAAAAAGCCUAAGAUAAAAUUAGGCUUAAAAUCUAAUAAAUCAAAGAUAGAUGUAAUGGAAGACAAAAAGCGUGUGAGUCACAGAGAUCUUACAAAGCCAAAAACAAAUUCUAAGAGUGAUAUUACUGGUGAUUUGGUAAAAAUUGUUAAGAAUCGGAUCAAAGAAGCUAAAGAGGAUACAAAGCAGCAUAUUGUUAAAGGUAAAAAUAAAAAAGAUUCAGAUGAAGACAGUGAUUUCUUACCAGAAGAAAUUGUAAAAAGCCGGGAAUCUGAGAGCGACAACGAUUUCAAACCAUCUAAAAUCAGUCCAAAACCGAGUACUAGUCGUAAACCAAGCACAGGUCGUAAAAUAGAUCGUCGUGUUGUGUCGACAGAUGAUGAAGCACCUCAGAAAAAAAUUGAUGUUUGGUGUGAAGUAUUUGUGGAGGAGCUUGAGCAAUGGGUUUGUGUUGAUGUUAUUACAGGAAAAAUUCACUGUGCCGAUUAUAUUUAUGGUCGGGCAACACAUCCUGUAUGCUAUGUUGUUGGUUGGGACAACAACAAUUAUCUAAAGGACGUGACUCGUAGAUAUGUACCACAUUGGAAUACAGUUACAAGGAAACAGCGUGUAGAACCUGGUUGGUGGAAUAAAGCCAUAGAACCCUGGCUGGGACCCAAAACUGCCAAAGAUAGAGAGGAAGACCAAUAUUUGGAUAGAAUGCAAUUAGAAGCUCCAUUGCCUAAAAGUAUUGCAGAAUACAAAAACCACCCAUUAUACGCCUUGAAACGUCAUUUAUUAAAGUUCGAAGCUAUAUACCCACCGGAUGCAGCAACUUUAGGCUUUGUGCGACAAGAGGCUGUAUAUGCUAGAGAGUGCGUCUAUGUUUGCCGGUCCCGAGAUACAUGGCUCAAAGAAGCGAAGGUGGUACGUUUGGGUGAAAAUCCAUACAAAAUAGUGAAAGCAAGACCUAAGUGGGAUAAGCUUUCUAACAAAUUAAUUACUGAUAAACCACUUGAAUUAUUUGGGCCAUGGCAAGUUCAAGAUUAUGAGCCGCCGGUAGCAGAGAAUGGAAUCGUUCCUCGUAAUGCAUAUGGAAAUGUCGAGCUAUUCAAAGACUGCAUGCUUCCUAAAGGAACUGUCCAUAUAAAAUUGCCUGGCCUUAACAAAGUGGCCAGAAAAUUGAAUAUUGAUUGUGCACCAGCAAUGACUGGGUUUGAUUUCAAUGGAGGCUGGAGCCACCCAGUUUUUGAUGGAUUUGUAGUUUGCAAGGAGUUUGAGGAAAUUGUCACAGAUGCAUGGAUAAAGGACCAAGAGGAACAGCAACGCAAAGAAAUAGAAAAAACAGAAGCAAGAGUUUAUGGUAACUGGAAACGACUAAUAAAAGGACUAUUAAUAAGGGAGCGCCUAAAGUACAAAUACGGGUUCCAAGAGCCAAGUACCAGUGCAAUGCAAAGUAGCAAGAAAGGAAAAGGACCUAGAUUUGUUGUUAAGAAAAAGACCUGAAUCAAAAUUAAAAGACCAUUCAUUAAUUGCGUUUUAAUUGUUGUUGCUUUUAGUCUUAUAAUAAUUCCUCUUAUUUUAAUAAAAUCGUAAAUGAUAGUUUGAUCAUUGAAAAAAAAAAAACAGAUGUUAUGUUGUGAGUUGUGACAUUAAAAUUGUUUUCAAUAUUUUUUACAUUUCGUUAUAUAAUUUUAGUUUAGUUGUUGAAUUCCAAUGAUUAUGAAUCAUUUGUUAAUUGUAUUUUGUCAUAUGAAUUUACGGGUAUUUUAAUAUAUAUUAAAUGUAUCUGUUUAUAGUCUAUUUAUCUAUACUUUAUUAUGUAAACAAUUACCACUCCGAUAGGAUGAGUUCUCUAUGGUAUCACUUAUUGAAAUAUAAAAAAAAAUCAUAUACACACGUGUGUGUCUUAUGUAUACUUUAGUUCUGAUAAAGAAAAUUUUAAUUAAUUAAUAAUAAUUUUCAUCAACAUGAUACAUGUGAUAUUUUGUAAGUAUACUUUAAUAAACAUAAUUCAUCGGACGAUGGACACAUGAUAGCUAAUUAUAGAUGAAUAGACCUGGUAACAUGGAUAAUUUUCUAUUUUCAAUUUGUAAAGAAAGGUGAUCCAUGUACGUAAUUUUAACCAGCCAACUUAUACCGACUCUUGAAUCAGCCGCCUACUAACAAUUAAGAUUUUAAAUUUAGUUUUAAGCAGAUGAUUACUUUUAGAUUUCUACAUUGGAUUGUCUAUUGUACUAAAAAAAAAAUCAUAUUGCCUAUGUCUUUAUUUUAGUGAUAUUGUUAUUUUAUAAUGUUUUAAUACUUAUUAUUUCUUACAGAAUAAAUUGCAUGUGGAUGUUUACUCAUUUUUGAAUAAAUGAAAAGCAAAAUUCAAUAA